UCUGUCGCUCUCUCUGUCUCUCUCUGUGUCGCUCUCUCUCUGUCUCUCUCUGUGUCGCUCUCUCUCUCUCUCUCUCUCUCUGUCUCUCUCUGUCUCUCUCUCUCUUCCAUUUCCCAUACCCGCUUGGCUUCCCUUCUGUGGUUCCCUACCUGCACCUAUAUCCCUCCUUCCCUCCAUCCGGCGGCGCUGCCAUCAUGCGUCGGUUCAGCUCCGAGGGGUCCCUAUUGAAUAUGGACUUCCUGCCGUGGAAGAAGGUGGAGCUUAAGGACCAGAACUACCACAGCCGGGACGGGGAGUCAGGCACCUACACCCCACACCUGGGAGAGGACACACUGGAUGGGCGAACCACCUCUCUCCCCCCCACGCCCAUCAUCCUGGAGCCUGAGGCCAGCCCUGGGAGGACACCGGGGAGGGGGGAGCUGGGCAAGGAGCACAGCGUCAGCGUGGAGAACGUCACAGAACUGGGGAGGCCAGAGGGUAAGGGUCAUCUGAGAGUGGUGAACCUCAGCGAAGGAUGCAGGGCGUACAGUGACGGCCAGUUGGCGCCGGCGACUUCGGGUAGCAGCACAGAGAGCGUGGGCAGGCACGACCGGCCUCCGCCCUCUCCCUCGUACUCAACCUUUGACUCCAGCCCCUUUUCCUUCAAGUCACAGCAACGGUCCCACGCCAGAGCCAAGCUGUCAGCAGCCAAGCUACAUCUGAAGAGCCUGUUUGGGCAGAGUCCCCAUUCGUCACACUCCAACCUGUUUAACCCAGAGCAGAAAGACCGUGUUAAAGAGCAGCGGUCCCGCCUCCCGUUCCUUCGCCAAUGGAGUCAGGUGGGCCACAGCAAGGUCCAGUUCAGCCGGGAGGAACUGGAUAAGUGGGCUGAGUCGCUGGACGCCCUCCUGGCUAGUCGGAUGGGCGUGUCUGUGUUUGGAGCAUUCCUUCGCUCAGAGUUUAGUGAGGAGAAUCUGCAGUUCUAUCUGGCCUGUGAGCAGUACAGAAACUCCUCCAACAACUUCAGCCUGCACAGACGGGCCAAGGAGAUCACUGUCACCUAUAUCGAGGCGGGGGCACCGCGAGAGGUGAACUUGGACAGUAAGACCAGAGAUCUAACCACACAGCUCCUACAGGCCCCAUCACACACCUCCCUGUCUCACGCCCAGAAACGCAUCUACUCCCUCCUGGAUACAGACUGCUACCCUCGCUUCCUCCAGUCCACCAUCUACCUCACCUUGCUGGGCCAGGCUGACUAGAGACUAAGGACUCCAGUCAAUCCAUAUCGCAGAAGUUCAGCACUAUAGUGCAAUUUGACAUUUUUAAUGGCAAUGUUCCUACGUUCGCGGAGAAUUCACGUUAAACGCUACUGCACAUUUUGUCUCAAUCUCUGAACUUCCACAAUACAAAAUGAAUGGAGACCUAAAGGCCGCAUCCCUGUGGCUGCAUCCUUAUUCUCCGCUCUUCAUCCUUUCUCCCAAAGUACUUUUGUAGAUACGGAGCAGUGGUGGGGACAGUUACAAUGCAGAGUUAAAGAGGGUUUAAAGGGGUUUAAAUGCCAGUAGAUGAGCAGGCUGGUGUUUCAUUCAUUAGGGAACAGAAGCACUUGACAUUUUUUGUUUGUUUUGCAACAGAAGACAAGAGUGUUUUUUUUAAUUGGACAAGUCCAGAUAGUCCCUCCACUGUUUCAGUCAGGUUUUCUUAAUUCGAUGCCUAAUGAACAUGACCCAGGUGUUUGUACUGCUUGGGGUGUGAAAGGGGCUUAAGGGAGGUAAAAGCAGGGAAAGGGGUUUGGAUGGAUGGAAGGAGCUUGCCAAGCGAUAAACUCGGGUUACGAGACAGGGGUCUGUUUUUUUCCAUGACUUAGAGAGGUGCAACCCGAGGUGGCGUGAAACUAUGCAGAUCUCAAUGUUUGUAAUCAUUAAACGUCCUCUUUUUAACUCGAUAGGUCCCCCACGGUCCAAUGAGCACGUACGGAAAAGCGCCAACAGAAAGGAAAAAAAACAGCCAAGACGGAGCUCUAGUUAAAGAACUGAGUUACUUGCAGUGCCUUCAGAAAGUAUUCAUACCCCUGUCUCUCUGUCUCUCUCUCUCUGUUUGUCUGUCUCUCUCUGUCUCUCUCUCUGUCUGUCUGUCUCUGUCUGUCUCUCUCGCUCUCUCGCUC